AACCAACACAAACAAAAGUGUCUUAUUUUCAUUUUGUACAAUUUUGUGAUGUAAACUGGGAAAUGAUAGUUGAGGAGGCUGGAAGUAGUACGGAGUUUUUCUAUUAACAUGAAUUAAGCUUUACUUUCAAUAAUUAUUACUUCCAGUUGUAAAUUUAUUUAACAUUUCAUUAAUCCCGGUUUUGGUAGAUUGCUGUAAAAUCCGUUGGAAGUUGAUAGUGACGUGAAAAGAUGGAUCAAUCUAACAGAAGGAAAAUUGGAAACUUAAGGCGUAGUAAUUUAAAGAAAUUCCCAAAAGAAAUGAAUGGAAACAGUCAAGGUGGGUGUAAUUAUAAAGGCGAAAGUAUUCGAAGACAAAAGCAAACAAGAGAAUGUUACAAAAAUGAAGACCAAGAUCAUGGAAGAGUAGGGGAUGGAUUACCAAAUUACAUGCCAUUGCACGGACAACGGUUGUUUGCAGCAGUGUCUGACCCGGCAGUAUGCGGCUAUCCAGUUUCUUUGGGCUAUCCGUAUGACCCCAUCCCCCUCUCUGUGGGAUAUCCUAUGUACCACCCACCCCAAUACACACACAGAAUGCCUUACCAAGACUCUGUGUAUUCACCACGCAGGUCACGUUUGAGAAACAACCAUGAAAAAGGUGAUCAUUCCAAAGAUACAUUCCAGACUGUUGAUGAAUAUACUAGUCUACCACCUGGUAAUUUACAAGAUAUUGAGUCUGACCAGCAGCGCAGAUUCAGUGAUCCGGGACUGGCAAACAAUACAGGAUCUGAAGAGGACUCGUUGUCUAAUGAAGGAUCCUCACCCUCAUGGUUCGAGGAUAGUCAAAUCGCUAACCAGAUUGAGGCCUUAGUAUUGGAAAAUAAGCGACUCUCAAAGGAAUUGAAAGAGACACAAACUGAACUUCAAGAACUGAAAUUGGAAGUCUCCUCUCUGACACAAAUGCAGUCUACUUGUGAACCUGGAUUCAUUUCAGACCUAGUACGAGAAGUACAUGAAGCUACAAAAAUAAGGGAAGACACUAUGUUGGCAAGAAUGAGAGUGUUUACAGAAAAUUUCCAGCAGAGUGCAAGCCGAACUUCUUCACUAGUUGAACUGAAAAGGGAAUGCACCAAAGAAUGUGUAGAGAAGAAGGAACAGUUGGCCGAAGAGAAGGAUGAGUUGUCCAAGAGACUGGCGAGGCUGGAGGAGCAGAUGAAGUUGAUACUCACUCACAAUAGUAGCAACCAGGAGACGUCUCAGGAGCUGUUGCUCCAGUCACAGAAGAAGAAGCAGCAGUUGGAACAAGAGCUCAAGACGGCUGUGGAUGCCAGAAAAGUUGCUGAAGCCAAUGCCUCUUCAUACGAGCGGUUAUUCAACUCGAUAACGAAGAGGCUGCCAAACGGCUUGGUGCUGGAGGAGAAAAUCCCUAUAAGUGCAGCCCCUGCAGUCUCUCUCGAUACAAGUGAAUCUCUUACUAGCAGCCUGGGCUCAGGGUCUCUCCACUCGCCACAAGUGACCAUGUCCGGUCCCGUCACUGACCUUUGACACCAUCUCACUGCCCUCCUCUGUGCCUCUUGACUUGUGCUCUGUGUCGCUUGGCUCUUGGUUGCUAAGUAGAGACAUACCUCACCCUCCUCUCAGAGUAACUUUGGUUUGGUCUUCAAUAGCUUUUAUUACAAUUACUCAGUCAAAAGUAAAUAUUUUAAUGUCAACUACACAAGAAAGUAAAGUAUUUACAAUUUUAGUUAUAUAUUUUAAGAUAGUGUGAUCUUUACAUCAAUUUAAAAUAUUAAGAAGCAGAUUAAGAUUUGAAAUUUUGUCCUAAGCCAUUGUUUGGUCAACCUUCUAUAUUACAAACAAGGUUUCCUUAUUCUACCUAGACACUUGUAAAACUGUGUCUACCAAUAAUCUUGUGAUAAUUUAUAUCCUCUAUGUUAUUAUCACCGAAAGUUGACCAUUUUCAGUUAAGAGCAUUUUUUGUGUGAUUUGUGAUCUGAGACAGAAAAUCUGGUGUAGAAGUACUUAGUCUUAGUAAAGGUCAUCAAUAAUAUGGCUCACCAGCAGAUUUGUAUUUAAAGUUUAUUCCUGUAAAAACGUCUAAGAAGAGAAAUAUGUUUUGUUGUGUUUAUAGCUAGCUGUAUAGGACUGUUAUGUAAAUUAAUCUCUCAUACCUACUGUCAACCUUGUGGGUUUUCAGAACUGUGGAUUUGAAUCUGUUAUAAGAGAGAUAACAAUGUAAUAAAAUCUUUUAUUUUUUGUUUUUAA